ACAGAGGGAUGUGAUUGUAGAAAAAAAGUGUGUCACUGGGGCACGAGGCUCUCCCCGCGGUCACAUGGUCCCGUUUUCUGCCGCGUGCGAUCCGAGAGCCUGCUGUUUGCGCGCGCCCUGCUUGUCAAGGGAGGGAGCGAGAGAGAGACAAGAGAAAGACAAGAGAGAGAGAGGGUUUCCAGACAGCAAAAGCAGGCCGAGGGACAAACUGCAGUUCCCAACGACACAGACCGAGACCGAGUGACAGCACGAAUCGUUUUUUCUCUACACAUCACAGUCAAAUAGAAGAGCCCAGCAGCCUCAUGCAAAGCUUCCUGCACAGACACAAUUGUGUCUUUCCGAAAAAAUGUCCGUAUCAAAGUAGUUUGAUUUAUGACUCACGCGUAAUUUACCUAUAACAGAAAGCGUAAAACGAAGACGCAUAACUUUGAGAUCGCCGAUGAUCCUUCGUUUUUUUCUAACUGAAAAAAAAUCUACGGAUUGCGAAGUAGGUCUGCAUGACUCGUUUGGAGCUCAACAUGAAGACUGCAAUGGACACAAGCAACAAUAGCAACACAGGAGGCGUCAUCUCCUACGUGGGCUCCUGCGGCGGCUCGCAGGCGCGCAUCAGUCCUGUGUCCAUGUACAGCGACAACUCCAACUCCCAGCCCUCUUUCGCCUCCUCCACCUCCUCCUCCCCUCCCUCCUUCCACAGCAGUGGCAGCUCCAGCUCCGGCUCGGGUGGAGAGGACGGCUCCUCCUCCUUCUCCUCCUCCUCCUCAUCCACCUCCUCCUUCUCCUCCUCAUCCUCUUCAGUAGGAGGCUCCCAUCGUUGCCGUGACGAUAGGAGCUCGCUGAGAGCAGCCCCCGGCAAGUCCGUGGCGAGGCUGACCAAGCUGAAUGGCAUGGUCCUGCUGUGUAAAGUUUGUGGAGACGUGGCCUCAGGUUUCCACUACGGAGUCCAUGCAUGUGAAGGAUGUAAGGGUUUCUUCCGCCGCAGCAUCCAGCAGAACAUCCAGUACAAGAAGUGUCUGAAGAACGAAAGCUGCACCAUCAUCAGGAUCAACAGGAACCGCUGCCAGCAGUGUCGCUUUAAGAAGUGCCUCUCCGUGGGCAUGAGCAGAGAUGCGGUGCGUUUCGGCCGCAUACCAAAGCGGGAGAAGCAGAGAAUGCUGGCAGAGAUGCAGAGUGCCAUGAACAACAUGGUCAACAACCAGCUGCAGAACGACUUCCAACUCGCCAGCAACUCGGCACCUUCGUCUCCUUCGACCCCUGCCCCGGCCAUGUCCUCCUCCCUGCCUCCUCCCUCUACCCAGGGUGCACCUCCUCCCCAAGACAUGCUGACGUCCCACCCCCCCGCCCUCUCCUCCCCCUCCCCAUCAACGCCUCCCGCUCCUCUCUGCCCCGCCAGUCUCGGCGUGGACUCCACCGUUAGUGCCAUCGCGCGUGCUCACCGCGAGACUUUCCUGUAUGCGCACGACAAACUGACCAACCCCGGCACGCCUCUGCCGCAACGUCGUCAACAACACCUCCAGCACCAACAAGCCCUCCGCAACGUGGAGACAAACAACUGGGUCUCCAACCAGUGUUCAAGUGGUUACCAUGCCAACGGACUCAACACCAUCUACCACAACAACAACAACUUUGCCAGUGGUAACGUGGCCCAGCAUCACCACGGCAACCACCGCCACAGCAAUCUCCCUGGGGGAGAGAUGCAUGGCAAGCAUGCACAGCAAGGACAGAACUGUCCCAUGAAGAACCAACCUGAUAUCAUGCUGGCGUGUCCUAUGAACAUGUGUCCCAGGGCAGACCCCUCUAAGAGCUCCCAGGAGAUCUGGGAGGACUUCUCCCUCUCCUUCAGCCCUGCCGUCCGGGAGGUGGUGGAGUUUGCCAAACACAUCCCAGGAUUCAGCACUCUGUCACAGACCGACCAGGUCUCUCUGCUAAAAGCCGGCACCUUUGAGGUGCUAAUGGUGCGCUUUGCUUCGAUGUUCAACGUGAGAGAACAGACGGUGACGUUUAUCUCCGGCACCACCUAUGGGCUGGAGGACCUGCGGGCCAUGGGGAUGGGCGAGCUGCUGGGGGCCAUGUUUGACUUCAGCCACAAGCUAGCAUCAUUGGAACUCAGCCCGGAGGAGCUGGGCCUGUUCACCGCUGUGGUGCUCGUAUCUGCAGACCGGUCUGGCAUCGAAAACUUCACCACGGUGGAGCAGCUCCAGGAGAGCCUGAUUCAAGCUCUGCGCUUAUUAGUCAGCAAGUCACCCAAUCAUCACCAUGGCGACUCGCCCCGCUUCACCAGGGUCCUGCUCAAGCUCUCCGACCUCAGGACCCUCAACAACAUGCACUCUGAGAAGCUUCUCUCCUUCCGCAUCGACGGCUGAACACAAACACCACACCGAUGGCCCAUGAUGAUGACAAUGAUGAAUGAUAAUGUCAUCCUCAACAUGGAGCCGUGCUAAGGCGCUCUUCUUUACCACUGAAACUGGUUUGUCACAAUCAUUUGAGCUUCAUUGUGUUGUCUCCGCUUGCGUCAGCCCAAAGUUCAGGAACUGAGAAACCUCUGAUUGUUUUUCGUUUCCUUCAAAAAGGAGAAACUGAUAUGAGUGCUGUCGCACAGUGAUGAUAUCGCGGAGAACCACAGGUCUAGUGAGUGUACUAGAUGCUAAGGUUGGCUGGAGAGUUUGGACAUUGUGUAACCUGGGUAAAAUAAGCAGCUGUCAAAAUGUAAACUGAAGUGGCACUUCAGUUUGGCACUUCAGUGCCCCCCCCCCCUGUGAGGCCCCUGAAGACUGAGUACAUCUGCUAUAAUAGAUGGAUCUCUUCAACAAAAAAAGACUUGUACAGAAUUGUACUGAGCUGAAAACGUUCUGCCGGAACCACAAUAGACCAGAACAAUCCUCUGAAGACCACCUUUAUCUGGAGGAACCCUGCCCACUUUACUGAGAGAAGAUUGCCAUCUAUCCACACACACACACACACACACACACACACACACACACACACACACACACACACACACACACACACACA